ACGCAAUUUCGCUGGCAUGGGAGCCGUAGACCGUCCGACGCACCACGUUGCGGUCGCCGUACUUGUCGUUGCCUAUGUGCUUCUGUGGCAGCCAACGGCGCCUCUGCCAGCGUCAAGCAGCAUUACCUUUGCCGUCUCGUCUGUGACGCCGGCCAACUUCUCCGGCGCUGUGCUCCACGACAGCGCGAACGCGAUCGACCAACUGCCCGAGUACGUCAAUGCUGGCUGUCGCCGCGUGCACCAGCAAUCGCCGCUCACGAUGCCAUUCGUUCCGUCGACGGCGGGCUUUCUCGAUGGCGUCGGCAUGGCGUACGCCCAGCACCUCCACUUGGUGCUGCGGCCCGACGACAUUUGGCUGGCGCUCAUGAGCCAGUUUGCUCUGUACGUCGACGGUAGCAGCGAAGAGCUUCGGUCGCAGCUCGUCAAGCACCGCAAAGGCAAGAUCGAGCUCCAGGUUUUAUUGGAUGGCGGCAGGGUCGACACGAUCGACUUUGGCUUGUGUGCGAAUAUGAUGAUCGACGAGAUGCGCGCGCACUUGGUGGACCCGACGCUCGCCGACGUCUUGCUGCCCAACUUUACGACGACCACGCUCCACGAUCGCAUCACGGCGAGCAUUCUGACCAUGGCCACGAUGAAAAAGUUCUUCGACUACAAGAUUCUCAUCUCUUGUGGGAUUCCAACGGUGACGCUCCGUGGCUCGGUGGACGACUGGCAGCAAAUUCGGUCGCGCAUCGAGCACUUUCGGGCGUAUGGCGACCGUAUGCAGACGUGGGUCAACCUUCUCAGCGGCGUCCUCGAUCAGUUUGUGGCGGCGGCCCGUGGCGAGCCCGACACUGCGUUUUGGCAAACCAUCUACCACAGCACGUACCAAGGCUGCGGUCAACGCUAUGUGAGUGGCUGGAUGAGCGUCUUUGCCGUCUUUAACAAACAAGGUCGAUGGCAGGGCGAUGAGCGUACGACCAGUUCCGGCAAGACGUCGCUGUACCCGAUCAUUGCGGCGGACGCCCUGCCACCGGGUUACGGCACGGUCGACGUCGAGAUUGAUGAAAUCGGCGUCAAGACAAACGCGAUCAUGCUGGCGGGCCACAUGGCGUAUGCGAUCCAAGACAACAACACGAUCGUCCCGCAGCUGGGCUGGGCCAUGGCGCUCACGCCCCAAGUAUUUCGAGUGGAUUUAUCCCAGCGGAAAAAAAUUUGAAGUCGACUAGUAGACAGACACGGCGAUGCUUUUGAUCCCGUGUUGCUAACUAGAAAAGUCGUUGAACUUUGUG